AUGAGGGUCAUCUCUAGCACCAGCCUUUCACUCUGCGGCCUGCUGCUGCUGCUCCAGGCCCCAGGCACCCUUGGCCUGGUCCCCCAGUCCAGAGGGCACCUCUGCCGGACCCGGCCCACGGACCUGGUGUUUGUUGUUGACAGCUCACGCAGCGUGCGGCCUGUGGAGUUUGAGAAGGUGAAGGUGUUUCUGUCCCAGGUCAUUGAGUCUCUGGACGUGGGGCCCAAUGCCACACGAGUGGGUGUGGUCAACUAUGCCAGCUCUGUGAAGCAGGAGUUCCCGCUGCGUGCCCACGACUCCAAAGCCGCCCUGUUGCAGGCUGUGCGCCGCCUCCAGCCGCUGUCCACUGGCACCAUGACAGGCCUGGCCAUCCAGUUCGCCAUCACCAAGGCCUUCAGUGAUGCCGAAGGUGGCCGAGUCCGUUCCCCCGACAUCAGCAAGGUGGUCAUCGUGGUGACGGAUGGAAGGCCCCAGGACAGCGUGCGGGAAGUAUCUGCGCGGGCCCAGGCCAGUGGCAUCGAGCUGUUCGCCAUUGGCGUGGGGCGUGUGGAUAAGGCCAUACUGCGGCAGAUCGCCAGCGAGCCUGAGGAUGAGCACGUCGACUAUGUGGAGAGCUACAACGUCAUCGAGAAGCUGUCCAGAAAGUUCCAGGAGGCUUUCUGCGUGGUGUCAGACCUGUGUGCCACGGGGGACCAUGACUGUGAGCAGGUGUGCAUCAGCUCCCCGGGCUCCUAUACCUGUGCCUGCCGUGAAGGCUUCACCCUGAACAGUGAUGGCAAGACCUGCAAUGUUUGUAGUGGUGGUGGUGGCAGCUCAGCCACUGACCUAGUCUUCCUCAUCGAUGGAUCCAAGAGUGUGAGACCAGAGAACUUCGAGCUGGUGAAAAAGUUCAUCAACCAGAUUGUGGACACACUGGAUGUGUCAGACAAGUUGGCUCAGGUGGGGCUGGUGCAGUACUCGAGCUCAGUGCGCCAGGAGUUCCCGCUGGGCCGCUUCCACACCAAGAAGGACAUCAAGGCGGCUGUGCGGAACAUGUCCUACAUGGAGAAGGGCACCAUGACUGGGGCUGCCCUCAAGUACCUCAUUGACAACUCCUUCACUGUGUCCAGUGGGGCCAGGCCUGGUGCUCAGAAGGUGGGCAUUGUCUUCACAGACGGCCGGAGCCAGGACUACAUUAAUGAUGCUGCCAAGAAGGCCAAGGACCUCGGCUUUAAGAUGUUUGCUGUGGGUGUGGGCAACGCAGUGGAGGAUGAGUUGAGGGAAAUUGCCUCGGAGCCUGUGGCUGAGCACUACUUCUACACAGCCGACUUCAAAACCAUCAACCAGAUUGGCAAGAAAUUGCAGAAGAAGAUCUGUGUGGAGGAAGACCCAUGUGCCUGCGAGUCCCUUGUGAUAUUCCAGGCCAAAGUGGAGGAGUUGCUGCAGGCUCUGACCAGGAAGCUGGAAGCAGUGAGCAAGCGGCUGGCCAUCCUGGAGAACAGAAUCGUCUAA